AUGUAUGACCACGAAGACAGGAUGGAGCCAGAGCGCCGCUCCGCCGCUGCUUUUGCUAAGAUGCGAGAGAGGAGCCACUAUCAUCCAUGGCUCAUCGUCUUCGACAAUAUGAACAGUCGUUCCUCUCUCAACACAGAUACCUAUGUCUCACGUGGUAGCUACGGUUUCAUUAUCAUAACGAGCCGUCACCCAGAUCUGAGUAGGCUCGGUCACUCUAUAUCUAUUGGGAAUUUAGAUGAAAACGAGGCCAUCAAUCUACUCUUCAAUCACACAGAACAUAUGAAUGGAAUGACAGAUGAGGAUAUCAGGCAAGCCUGCGAAAUUUGCCGUCUGCUCUCAUGUCUUGCAUUAGCUGUAGCCCGAGCUGGAGCUUAUAUUAAGAAUCGGAAACUUGAAUUCAACGCAUUCACCGGAGUAAACGAAGACCGGCGGGAGGAAAUAAUGGCUUAUUAUCCUCCAACCUGGACAUAUAGAGCACCCAAUCCAUUGAACCCUAAACAAAAGAUACCUUUUCCCUUUCUACUAUAUGGGGGCAAUCUUUCAAUUGCAUUAGUGGCGAGAUGGCAAAUGCGAAGCACCACUUUCUUUGUAUCAAAGCUUGCUUCCUCAACUGGUGUGGCGGAAGAGCUAAGACGAAAAGUUGAACUUUCUUCCAAGGAACAUGACCCCAAUCUCUACCGCCUAAGCUGUCGUCAUCUAGCACUUGCGUUAGUGAGAUUGCAUAGGUAUAAAGAAGCCAAAACGAUUCUAGGCCAUGUUAAAGAUCACGGUGGAAAAAUGGAAAAAGUCUUCACUGCUAAAUUGUUUCCGGAGGAGGGGAACUGUGAUGCUUUCGAGGCCAUAGAGAAAGAAAUUUACAGAGAUGGCUUGAGGAAGUCUGGUGAUACGGAUUUCUUUGCCUUAAUAUCACAGACAAACCUAGCGGGAUACAUGGAGCGUCGGAAAGACAUUAAGGGGCUUUGGAAUUACAACGGGAGGAUUUCCGCAAGUUUGAGGAGAAUUAUCGACUUUCGUCUUGGGAAACUCAUGCCGUUGUCAUCGAUCUCUACUAUAUGCUUAUGGACCAUAGAUAUCGCGAAGAAGCUGAUAUCAUGUUUAUGA